GGAAGUCACGUGUUUUGUAGUCCUGUAGCUUGGUGGUGUUGUAACGUGAAGUAAGGUCACACAGGAUGCUAACCGGGGCUAACAGCAGCUAACAACAGCUAACAGCAGCUAACCGGAGCUAACAGCAGCUAGCCCGAGCUAACAGCAGCUAACCGGAGCUAACACACUUUCUGUCUCCGGUGAUUUUUAACGAUGAUCAACGAUCAGAUGAAACAUUAAAAAAAACGUCAGGCCGUGAAACGUCGGUGCUUCCGGUCAAACAGGUGGUGCUCAGGGAUCCCUUCAGUCAGACUAGUGGUCAUUAGAGGAACUGCUGGUGUUCCUCUCAACCCCAGGUCAGCUGAUUCCUGAGGAUGGCACGUCACAGUAAACUACAGAAGCAGAUCCUGGCUCUGUACCGUCACUUCCUGCGGGCCGGGCAGGACAAACCGGGCUUCAUCCCCCGGAUCCAAGACGAGUUCAGGGUAAACGCUCGCAUCAAGAAGACGGAUGUGAUGCACAUCGAGUACCUGUACCGGCGAGGACAGAGGCAGCUGGAGCAGCUGAAGGACGUCAACACCAAACAGCUAGGCUCCUUCUCCAAACCCCACGACCAGAGCUGACCUCCGACCUGCAGCCACGUCAUGUGACCUCAAACACCAACGGAUACCUCACAAACACGCUGCGUUCAAGUACAGCAGGAACUCGAGACCUCAGUGUGAAGAACAGGCGAUGUGAUAAAUGUAGAACUUGGAGACUUCAAGUGACUGUGUGUGUGUGUGUGUGUGUGUUGGGGGGGGGUUGAAGCAAGGAAAUGUUAAAAUAAUAAAAGAAUGUAAAAUGAAUCGUCAUUUGCUCUAGCAUUGUACUUAUCUCCGGUACAUGAAUUUAAACAGUGAGUAUCUUUACCUCAACCAUGAGGACUGUUCACCCCUACCUGCCUGUUUAUGAGUGUGUGAUUUGAACUGGAUCAAGUGAGUUUAUUGGGCGACUGUAUGAGAUUUAUAUUCUAAUACAUUUCAAGGAAAUCUAAUGUUUCUUAUGGCAGAUUUAGUUACUUUACAGUGA